AUGGUUAGUGUUGCGUAUGGUUGGAAGUUCGGCAAACAAAUCCAGCGCAGACAACUUGACCUUCCUGAAUAUGCCGCAAGUUUCGUAAAUUACAAGGCUCUGAAGAAGCUCAUAAAGCAAUUAAGUGCUACGCCGACCAUCCCCGCUCAAAGCUCCGCAGGCGCAGCUCAAGAUGUACCCGAAGCGCAAGCCGCCCUUCGCGCAAACAAGGAGGUGUUCUUUUUUCGGUUGGAGAGAGAAAUCGAAAAAGUCAACACAUUCUACCUACAAAAGGAAGCCGAGUUCUCUCUGCGAUUGAAAACGCUAGUCGAUAAAAAAAGGGUCAUUCAAUCACGAACAGUACCCAGUUCCAAGGCACCAGCUAAUUUUGUUGCCUUAUUCGAGGGGUUCCAACAAUUUGAUGGUGAUCUGAAUAAGUUGCAACAAUUCGUCGAGAUCAAUGAGACUGCUAUGUCAAAAAUCCUUAAAAAGUGGGAUAAAACUUCAAAGUCACGUAUGAAGGAGCUAUACCUCCAUCGCGCCGUCGAAGUACAGCCCUGUUUCAAUCGCGACGUUUUGCGUGAUCUAUCAGACCGGGCGACAACCGCUCGGCUGGAACUAGAGGCAUGGGCGGAAGGUGAGAACAUCCAUUUCGAUGCUGCUCGUCCGGUAGACCGCGCUGUAGUUGUUCAACCGUUUGGAGCCGAUGAGGAAGAUCUUGACCUGCAAAUCCUGCAAUCAGCCACUGCUGGUAAUCUUCAGACAUUGCGUGAGUGGACCGCGAAGCUGCAAUCAUCUCUUGAUGCUCGUGAACGCGCGACCCGUACCUUCCUUGCCGCUAUCAGUGAAUUUCCGGACGAUGUGUUGGCAGUGCUUCUUGAAAGCGGAUUAGUUGAUAUCUAUGCUGAAGACGACAUCAAUGAACGCAACUGUUUGCAUGAAGCAGCCAUCUCAGGUCGAGGGUUCGUUUUCAAGUCUGGCCUUGCUGCAGGUGUCGAUAUCUCAAGGUCCGAUGUUUAUGGCAGACUUCCCCUACAUUAUGCAUGUAUACACGGCCGGGUAGAGAUGGUGAAAGAUCUAUUAGCUGCAGGUCCUCACACUGUCGACGUGAUGGACCAUGACAAUUUUACUCCGCUGAUUCAUAGCAUUGUCAAAGGUCAGCUGGCGUGUGCUGAACAACUUCUUUACCACAAUGCUCGCAUUGAUCCAGCUUCUGAAUCAGACCACAUUCCGCUGAACCUGGCAUGCCAACAUGGGUCGCUUCCGAUUGUGGAGUUGCUUCUCGAACGGCAUGCACAAUUACUCCCAGAUGCAGAAGGCCUCUAUCCUCAACAUAUGGUCGCAAGAGCUUCUCAGUCCCCGCAACUGCUGAUGAUGCUCAAACAACAUGGGGCUGAUUUGAACCAGAAAGACAAACUGUACCAAUGGACGCCGCUGUUUCAUGCUGCUAGUGAAGGAUGUGUUGACUGUCUUCGCGCUCUUCUUGAAUUGGGUGUUGACGCCGAUGUUGUAGACGAGAAGGGCCUCGCUGCAAUGUAUUAUGCAGCAUGGGAAGGUCACUUAGAAUGCAUGCUUCUUCUUUGGUCGCAUCGUAGCAAUUCUCGCCCACCGCAAAAGCCGUUUGAUAUUCUGAACGGGUUGAGGCUACAAGAAGCAGGUUCGCAUAUGGAGGAUGCCCCGACGACAUUCGAAAGUACUGAGGUAGUGGAUGGUAUACCCGACCUUUCUCUCCCGCCACCAAUCAUACCUUUGCGUCGUUAUGGCCAUAACUUUUUGGACAAGAAAGUGUUUGUGCAAAUACUUUUUGACACUGGAAACUCCGGUUCGAUUAUCUUUGAUCAGGCGGGCCGUCACCCUGCGGCUCGAUUAACAAUUUCCUCGAAACUUUCCGACUUGAUUCCACGCACCAUUAUGCUCCCCAUCCAAGAGGAUUCACGAUUGAUCUCAUUUCAGGUAGAUAACCUGGAGACAUUUGCGGUGGAUUUCGAGAUAUUUCCCACUUUCGGCUCGAAAGUGAUUGCGAAGACAGUUGCCCUACCAACUAUAUUUAGAGCCGAGAUCUCUAGCACUGGCUCGUGUUGCUUGCCGUUAUUUGAUCCUAGGCUACGGUCAAUAGGGCAGCUACGAUUUGGGUUUCAAGUGAUAAAACCGUACCACGGUGAUCCCCUGGAGAUAACGCACUUUGCUACCUAUUGGAAGGCUACAAGUGCCAUCGACUCAGAACACAAUGGCCUGGUAACAGGGUCGAGCUUGUCGGGCGAUCAUUUGCAGCUUUUCGUACAACUCACGAGAGACAGAAUACCCGUACUUUAUCCAUGUUUUACAAUCCUGUACCAUGGCAUUGAAUUACCUAUCUGUCAUCUCACAUACUCUCAGUUUCAAGUCAUCGGUGUUGAGAAAGGUGUGAAUCGCUCAGACUUGUUUCAGCAUCUUCAGACACGUGCUGUUGAUGAUUUAGCUCAAGCGCACCGCAUGCUAGCAUCAUCAUUCCUCUCGCUCAAGGAGGUGCUCCAGCAUCUGCCUAUUGGUGUCAAUGUCAAUCUCUCGAUACUCUAUCCCUCGGCUGCUGAAGAGCAAGCGCUGAACAUGGUAUCUUUAGCUGACGUAAACAGCUUUGCUGAUGCCAUUCUCACGGUGGUUUUCGACCAUGCCCGUGUAUCACGGGAGCAGAACCCCGAAUUUAUGCGCUCAGUAGUAUUUACCUCAUACAACCCUAAUAUUUGUGUUGCUCUGAACUGGAAACAACCAAAUUAUCCUGUUCUUCUUUGCAAUGAUCUAGGCCAAAUUCGUGAUUUGACCCGAGGUGUUGGAUCACUUCCAGACAUUAAUAGUAGUGGUCGUGCAUCGAUGUCCAUAAAAGAAUCGGCAAGGAUAGCGCAAAGUAACAAUUUUAUGGGCUUGAUAUGCCGGUCCAGCCUAUUGAACGUUGUGCCUGCUCUUGUAGAGACAAUUAAGGAACUUGGCCUCGUACUUGUAGCAGAUACGUCUGAUGAAGUUGAACCUUCGGGCCAUAAAGAAGCUCUAGGAGCAGCGAACGCGAUGGGCGUGGCCGAAUGGGCAUACCGAAUGCCUGAUGGCGUGAACGGUGUGAUGAAAGCCAAUGGUAUUCUGAGAUUUAACGAUAUGAUUGACAUGUGA